GCGAGAGCCGGGCGGCCGGGCGGCUGGGAGCAUGGCCGCCCUUCGGGCCCCCACGCCCCAGCCGGAGUUGCCCGAGCGGAACUUCGAGUACUGCGAACUCCAAUACUGGGACCAGCGAUACCGGUGCGCGGCCGAUUCUGCCCCCUACGAAUGGUUCGGGGACUUCUCUUCCUUCCGCGCCCUUCUAGAACCGGAGCUGCGGCCGGAGGACCGUAUCCUCGUGCUAGGUUGUGGGAACAGUGCCCUAAGCUAUGAGCUGUUCCUUGGAGGCUUCCCCAACGUGACCAGUGUGGAUUACUCAUCAGUAGUGGUGGCCGCCAUGCAGGCUCGCUAUGCCCACGUACCCAAGCUGCGCUGGGAGACUAUGGAUGCACGGGCACUGAGUUUCUCCAAUGGCUCUUUUGAUGUAGUUCUUGAGAAGGGCACACUGGAUGCCCUCCUGGCUGGGGAACGGGAUCCAUGGACUGUAUCUUCUGAGGGUGUCCACACCGUGGACCAGGUGCUAAGUGAGGUGAGCCGGGUGCUGGUCCCUGGGGGCCGGUUCAUCUCAAUGACCUCUGCAGGCCCACACUUCCGGACCAGACACUAUGCCCAAGCCCGUUAUGGGUGGUCUCUGAGGCAUGCAACCUAUGGCAGUGGCUUCCACUUUCACCUCUACCUCAUGCACAAGGGUGGGGAGCUCAGUGUGGCCCAGCUGGCACAGGGAGCCCAGCUCUUCUCACCCCCUAGCCCUCCCACCUUACCUUGCUGCCUCCAGGACUCGGAUUGUGAGGAUUUCCUCAGUGCCAUUCAGCUGUGAGGCUAGAAGCCUGGUCCCCAGCACUUCCUGCUUGUCUACCAUAGACUUCUCAGGGAGCUGGAUCUCUUGACUGAGGGCUGGGGAUUAGUGCCAAGAUGCUGGAAUAUCUGAGGCCUUGUGCAGAAGUGGUGGGAUUAAGCCCCCUGAACCAAUUCAGCCUGGGACCAACUAGGCUCCAGAUCUCAGGUUUCUGCCUUCCUUCUUGGAUUCUUCAGAUUUUUACCAGCUUCCCAUCUCCCCCUGUACUAUACUGAACCACCAGGGGUUCAUCCCCUGGGAUAAAACUCAACACAGGCCCCUCUGUAUACCAGCCAACAUGGGAUACCCCCACACCCCCACACACCCCAACCUGAACCUAUUUUCAGGAAGCUGCAGAUAAAUCUAGAAUUGAAUCUCGAUUGCUUUAUUAUCAUAUCCCAGCUCCAUCUCCAACACUGGUGACCUGUCCUGCAUAGGCUGGAUGCGUACUCAGGAAGCUACAGUGUAAUGUUCCCAGAUCAGACUGGCUUGUUUGUUUACCUAAUAAUCCACCAGCAACUUGCACCAGCCGCCCUCCCAUUCUGGCCUGGCUCCUGAGCAGACCAAAGCAGUGGCCACACACACAGGGAAGUCUGUGUUUAUUCACACACUCCUGAUACAGUGAGGAUGGAGUAACAUUUACAAAGGAUACCCCUGGGCCGGGGACAUCUCCAGGUCCACAGGUUUCAUCCUGAGGUGUAGAGCAGUCCCUAUUUGGGUUCCCAGGGGUACAACUAGGGUCCAAGGUAAAAUCAGAUCUGGGCCCUUAGAAGGUAAUACCUUGAGAGGGAGAGGUCUGCCAGAGAGCCUCUGGGAGAGGCCUGGGCUGACUGGCCAUGUGGUUGGAUACCAUGUUGCGGGCUUGUUCCACCCCGGCCUCAACACUCAUCUUAUCUGCCAGGCGCAGAAGAGCAUGAUGGAUGCUGGGCUGGGGGGGUAGGGAGGGGUCACGAA